AUGCGGAAUUUCGGGAUUUGUAUCCUGAAAUUUGAGGGAUCUGCUUUUGCUCAGAAGGGGAAAGUUUUCCCCAAAGUGCUCCGCCUCCGUCUGGCCCCGCCCAGCCCCGCCCACAGCCGCAGGGGCAGCCACGCCCACAAAUGGGCGGAGCUUCACCACGCCCUGCCCAGCCAGGCCCUGCCCAGCCACGAGGUCCCGCCCAGCCCCGCCCACUCGCUGCACAGCCCCGCCCCCAAACCCCAACGGCCACGCCCCAGCCCCGCCCAACCUCCCCGCAGCCACGCCCACAAACCCCGCCCAGCCCGGCUCAGCCACGCCCACAAACCCCACCCAGCUCCCCACAGCCACACCCACAAGCCCCGCCCACUUCGCAGCCCCGCCCACCUCUGGCCGCCUCGGCGCCUCAGCCUCGCCCACCCAGCCCACAGCCCCGCCCACAAGCCCCGCCCACAUCCCCGCAGCCACGCCCACAAAUCGCUCCCGUAUCCCAACCCCGCCCUCAAGCCCCGCCCACCUCAGCUCCUCAGCCCCGCCCACCCGGCCCGGCUGUGUCCCCCCAGCCAAGGCCCCAAGCCCCACCCACUUCACAACCCCGCCCCCAAGCCCCGCCCACCUCAGCUCCUCAGCCCCGCCCCCAAGCCCCGCCCACCUCAGCCGCUCAGCCCCGCCCCCAAGCUCCAGCUACCUCACCCCAGCCCCGCCCCCAAGCCCCACCCACCUCCCCCCAGCCCCGCCUCCAGCGCUCCCCCUCCGUUCCCCAGCCCCGCCCCCAAGCCCCGCCCUCCUCCGCCACGCCCCGCCCCCCCGGCCCGCAGGCCCCGCCCACCACGCGCCAGCCCCGCCCCCAGGCCCCGCCCAUUGCCCCCAAACCCAUCCUGGCCCCCAAACCCGGCUCCGCCCCUCCCCCCAGGGCCCCCCGAGAGCCUGCGGGCGCUGCGGCAGAGCUUCGCCAGCCUCUUCUCCGACUGA